AUGACGUCGGACUCCUCGAUGGUGGAUCAGAUGACCCGGCUGAGGUUACGACUCUUAGAACAGAUGCUGGAGCAGGAACGAGGGAGCAUGGACAGAGCAGGACAGCAGGAAACAUCAGACACGGCCCUGCAGAGAGCUUUGAGGAGAAGGAAGGACCUUCUACAAAGGCUCUGGGAGCAGCAGCUGAUGGAUGAACACUCCCCAGCCCAUGCCUGGAGGACACACGGAAGAGCCUCGGUGCCAACCCCAAACCCAGAGGUGCCUCCCAUAGAUGUCUUCCCUGCUGCCUCCGCACCUUUGCUCCGACCCCCAGAGCCACCAAGGAUCAUCCAGCACCCGGUAGGGAGGACUCUUGGAGGGCAUAUGAAAAAGCAAAUCAGAAUAACCCCUCCAGAAGACCAUAAUUCCUUCAUAAUCAAAUCCAAAGAUGAACAGUUAAAAUUCCAGAACCGAAUUCAGAAGCCUACUUCGAGCCAUUCCUAUAACCCAGCUGUGGUGACACACCUGCAGUCCCAGUGCUUGGGAUCCAGAGACAUGGUGGAGAUGAUGCUGAUGCAGAACGCACAGAUGCACCAGAUCCUCAUGCAGAACAUGAUGCUCAAAGCCCUGCCACCCGGGUCCACAGGGCCGCGUGCUGCUACCCUCCAGGACCAACGAUGGGUGCACCACGGAGUCCCGAGAGCUGAAAAGCAGAAGCCACCCCCGGUUCACCACCACCACCACUACGCGCCCACAACCCAGCUGCAGGCUGCCUCCACGGCUGGCGCCCCUUCAGGUUAUGCUGGGUGGCCUCCAGUGGUUGCAGCCUCUGCACUCCCACAGGCAGCCAGCUUCUUGCCCACCGUGAGCCACCUGACCGAGCCGUCGACCUCCCAUCCUAGCUAUCCUUAG